UACCAAAGCUUCAAAGCAUUUUCUCAAGAACCAAACAGAUCAAAUAAUUUCUCACUUGGCUCCCACUAUUUUGUCUUUGUGUUUAUAUAUAAUUGUACUUUCCAUCUUUGCCAAUAAUCUAUCUUUAUUCUCUCUACCCUGAAACCAAAGUAUCAUAGCAUUUUCUCAAUAACCAGCUAGGCAGGCAUAACCAACUUGAGAUUAUCAUUUGGCUUUACUCUCCUCCUAAUAUAAUUGCCUUAACUGUCUCUUCUCCUAGCUAUUUUGAUUCCUUCAUAGACUCUAGCUUCUCACCAUGCAUUUCUUGUCAACUUUUGUCACCCAAAAAUUCUAACUAUUCUGCAAAAGUAGAAGCUUUUUCUGUGAUAAAAAAUGGGGUCUGCAACCUCAUCAAUGGCGGCCAAGUUUGCUUUCUUCCCACCAGACCCUCCUUCAUACAGCACAUACAUGGAUGAAUCAACCGGGAAAAUGAAGAUGUCAGAUGUUCAUCAGAGAGAUGACGUGGACGUUAUGAAGCUAAACACCAAGAAAGGGAAUGAGAUAGUGGCUAUGUAUGUCAAAAACCCAUCUGCUUCACUCACUUUGCUUUACUCUCACGGCAACGCUGCUGAUCUUGGCCAGAUGUACCACAUUUUCACCGAGCUUAGUCUUCAUCUGGGUGUUAAUCUUAUGGGGUACGAUUAUUCUGGCUAUGGACAAUCUACUGGAAAGGCAAGUGAGCAGGACACUUACGCAGACAUAGAGGCUGCAUAUAAAUGUCUUGAAGAGAAGUAUGGUGUGAAAGAGGAAGACACAAUCCUGUACGGACAGUCAGUUGGGAGUGGACCUGCUUUGGAAUUGGCUGUUCGAUUGCCACACUUGAGAGCUGUAAUUCUGCACAGUCCAAUCCUUUCCGGCCUUCGAGUUAUGUAUCCAGUCAAAAGAACGUUCUGGUUCGACAUUUAUAAGAAUAUUGACAAAAUCCCAUUCGUCAAUUGCCCAGUUUUGGUAAUUCAUGGAACAGAAGACGAAGUUGUGGAUUUUUCCCAUGGCAAGCAGCUUUGGGAGCUAUGCCAAGAGAAGUAUGAACCACUAUGGCUCAAAGGAGGAAAUCACUGCAACUUAGAACUCUAUCCAGAGUACUUAAGGCAUCUCAGAAAGUUCAUAUCCGCUGUUGAGAAACUUCCACGCAUUGGAGUUUCAACUGAGCAGACUAUCACCACAGAUAAACCAGAUAGUCCUCAGAAGACCACAACAGACAUAAACACAGAGAAGGCUGCCCGGCCUAGCACCGACCAAAGAGACAAUAGGUCCAGAACUAGUACUGGGCAAAGAGAAAAGUCCAGGCUGAGCACAGAUAGCAGAGAAAAAUCAAGAACCAGCACUGACAAGAGAGACAAGUCAAGGAGAAGCAUAGAUCGAUCAGGAAAGGCAAGGAUCAGCAUAGAUCACUCAGAAAGAGCAAGAAAUAGCUUUGACCGCUUAGGGGACAUGGUGAGAUCCGUUGGCUUGUGCAAUGUUGAUUGUUUGAAGCAGGCUGCAGCUUCUGAGGCUUGAUUGAAUUUGAAGUGGAACAAGUCCCUCCCAAGUUAAUUCUCAAAUCUUUUUGGGGUUGGAAAGUGCUUGUGGGAUUCUACGUUUGAUUGAUUGUUUAGUUUGGAUUUUUGGCUGAUUUGGAAUUGGCCUCGUGUAGCUCACCAACCGCUGGGAGGGUCUUCCUUCCUUCCUUUCUUUCCUUUCUUUUUUUGGGCUGCCUUAUGUGAAAUUAUGAUCAUAGCAAAAGUAAUAAGUAUGGUAAUAUGUGAAUCUUCAGUUCUUUAGUUAUUUUUCCUCGUCUUUUUUUGCAAGGAGUGUAUAUAUACAUAUAUUUAUAUGUAGUAGUUGUACUCGUUCUUUUUCUUGGUCAGGCAUGGAUUGACAAGUUACCUAAGCUCAUGUUAAAAGGAGCUGAAAAAUAUAAGAAAAGAAGCAACAAUUA